AUGGGCGUCCUAACAUUUGAACCCUACAAGUCAUACUUGCUCNNCCCCCUAUGGCGCUUCCGAACACCAGAGAUCGCACGACAAUCCUCGGCCCUCCUACGAACAGAGUUCGAGCGCUUUGGAGAAGAGGGAGACUUUGUUGGGAUGGACAUGACGCGCAAGUUCAUUCAGAUGGGCUACACACGCGCAAAGCGAUACGCCAACCAUAAAGGCGGAAGAAAGUACGACAAAGACCACGAGGUCCUUCCCAACAGCGAGCAUCAUUCAGACAAGGCAGACAAGGAAGAAUCGAGCCGUAUAUUCAAGGAUAUACUGGAGGAGAUCAAGCAAGACGAGACGUACUUGCGGCUCAAGGAGCAGUUCCAGAAAGAGCUCAAGGAAUACAAAAGCAAAGUUCGUGAGCACCCAUGA